AUGACGUCAAACCCGCUAGGAAUAGACAUAAGCUUUUCGGACAACAACCUGACGCAAAUCUUUCGAGACUCAGAGGAAUGGCUAACGCUGGAGUAUCUGCUACAAAUGAAUGUGCGGACGUCCAGGGUUCGACUGGUGCAGGCAUGGCAUGUGUCUCCUCUGCAUCUGAUAAACAAGUUUGAAAAAAGGAAUUCGAACAAACUCGUUUUGAAGAGUUUUAUUGACGUCUCGUCUUUGGACAUGGAUAACUCCAUCCAAGACGUCUGCACGCGGGGAUUUUCCGUGUCGCGCAGGGGGCUUCGCCUCUCCGUGGGAAAUUUCAACAUCCCGGGAUUUCCCUUAACGUCGCUGGAUGCAGGGCUUGCAAUGGUCAAUCCAACCAAGCUGGAGAGCGAGACAGGCGCAACGAACAAUGCGAAGAAAACUCUGAGGAACAUCCUAAAGCACAGCGAAACGGUGUUGCUAUCGGGGGAGAGAAGCGUGUUCGAAUUCUUCCUAUGUGACGUGGGGGUCGGUCUCUCCCUCUCUGUCAGCGAGAAGGAAGCAGAAAUGUACAACAGGGACACAGUGCCAAUAGAAUAUGACAGCGUCUUUAUUGACAAGAAGAAAGUGAGUGCAUUGGAUCACUCCUUGACGGUCCAUUAUAGCGAUAGGGAUGAGCAGCAGGGUAACCGUAUGAGCGGCAUAUCCAGGGGGGACGCUAACCAAGGGGAUGAAAACACCGAAACGAUAAACUUAGCCUUGGGAGGAGACACCAUGGCAGCAUGCGGAGUCCUCCCACACUAUACCUUCCAUCAUGAGUACAUCAUUUUUGAUAACUCCCAGUUGUUGCCUCGGUACUUAAUACAAUUUGAAUGUGACCCAAAUGGAGAAGAACAUUUCAGCCUGCCCUUAUGUGACUACUGUGGAAACGCACCAUCUGUAUUUUAUUGUGAAUCGGAUGAAGUCAAGCUGUGUCCAAAGUGUGAUGAUAUGAUUCACACCCAGAACAAACUUGUAAAGAAACACAUCCGGAAGACACUAAACGAAGCACAGACUGUAUCAGGUAAAUGCAAAAUACAUAUGCAGGAACGUGUCAGCAUGUUUUGCACAAUUUGUCACUUGCCCAUAUGCAAUAAAUGCGUUCCGAGCCAUGAACACACGGAUUUAUGUGGGGUUAAUUGCCCCUGGUUGGGUAAAAAAAACGAUGCAAUCAUUUCGCUAAAUUUAGCUUAUAAAGCCAUGAUAAAACACAGUGCCGUUCCUUCAAAUGUUGUCAAAGGGGAGAAAAAAAAAUUAAAUGACAUGUUGAAAAAAGUCGAUAAAUUAUAUGAACAAGUCAGGUCAAAUAUAAAGGAUGCGGAAAAACAUGUCUACACCAUCUUAGAAGAUGUGAUUAGACAGCUACAUGUAAUUACUGACCAGAAGAUGUGUGCAGUGUUGAGUGAGGAAUAUGAAUUGAAACGACAGUUUUGCGAAAUUGCAUGGAAUGAAAAUUUCCUCUAUUAUCUCCAAACAGUGUUGCCUCCAGCCGAUUUUAUGAAUGCCUGGCUUAAGCACUGUUUGGUGAGGGAAGAAAUUGAAAGGAACUCGGGCCACGCGGAGAGGCCGGACACACUCAUAUUCCCAGACAUGUGCAUUCGGGGGAAUAUCAACGUCCUCACGGAGGAGUCUGCGCGCCACGCGGGGGAGAAACAGCACUAG